AUGAAGCUAAGCCUUUGUAGCGUUCUUUUUGCCUUGAUCUUGUGUUCCCUCUGCGGAGCAUCCGGGGGAAUACAUGAAGAAGAGAAAAAGGAAGGAGUAAAAAAUGACCUGGGGAACGUAACAAUAGAAGUCUUACCCGCUGACGAUGAUAAUAACGAUGUGGAAUUAACAAAUUAUUUGUUGGACGAAUUGAUGGGAGCUACGGGGGAGAGUGAUCAAUUGUGA